AUGACUGGACGAAUGUUAAUAUCUGUUUAUGAUGAUCUGCAUAAUAAACAUGCUGAUAAAAUCGAAUACGAUUUAUGGCGUAUUAAUAAUAAUACUGAUCGUGUUUUCAUAAAACAUGAUAUAUUUCAUGAGAAUAGUGAAAAUAUAUUAUUUUUAGUAAAUACAAUUGAUGAUUUUGGUACUUAUGAAGUAGUUCUAAAUAUUAGAAAUUAUUUUGAACAUUUUAAUGAAAAUAUAGAAUUACCUAUUAGUCAAUUUUCUCUUCCUGUUGGUAUGUAUGAACUUGAUCAAUGUUAUCAAUUAGGUAUUCAUAUCACACCAACUGAAGUUUCAUGUACUUUAUAA